AGUAUAAAAUUAGAUCUAACGGGUAAUAAGAUGCAAAGUAACGGUCUUAGUUAAAUCAGUUAUAAUUCGCGUGCGAACGCGUACGCAACGUUCGCGCUCGUAGCAAGUGUAGUGAUCGUGCGCUGUAAAAAGUGGAAGUGUGCAAAAACUGUAAAAAAAGGAUAUUCUCACAGGACUUUACCAACAAAUGAUUAUACACAAGUGCUGUUGUUGUUUUUAAUAACAGGAAAAUAAAAAGUAAUCGAGUGUAUUCUUUUAUAAGUAAAGCACGAAGAAUUGCCAUUUCUACUUUUCUACGCCGUUCAACAUGUUGCCCAAAAUGAAUGUGGACGAAGUGCGCAUUAGCCUUCAGCGUUUCGGCUGGCCCGAUUAUGUUGUGUUCGUUUUAAUGUUAACCAGCUGUGCGGUGAUCGGUAUUUAUUUUGCGCUGCAAAUGCGUCGUGAGGCGAAAGCACGCAAAUCGCUUACGACCGAAGAUGCUGAGGAUGCGUACUUGGUGGGCGGAAGGAAUAUGAAGAUUUUUCCGAUCGCCAUGUCGCUGAUUGCGAGUUUUAUAUCUGGCAUUACGUUGUUGGGCACACCCACAGAAGUCUAUCUCUUCGGCACACAGUAUCUCUAUAUCAUGGGUUCGUUGGUGAUCAUGGGUUUCGUGCUAUACUACUUCUUCCUGCCAGUAUUCCAUGAUCUCAAAUUAAUAUCUACAUAUCAGUAUUUGGAGUCUCGUUACGAUCGGCGCAUGCGUCUGUUCGGUUCAGUGCUCUUCAUGUUCGGAUCGUUAUUAUGGCUGCCAAUAGUCAUUUAUGUUCCUGCACUGGCCUUCAAUCAGGCCACCGGUGUUAAUAUACAUCUGGUAACGCCGAUCGUUUGUCUAGUAUGCAUUUUCUACACGUGUGUGGGUGGCUUGAAAGCUGUCGUUUGGACCGAUGUAGUGCAGACGCUCAUUAUGUUCGGCGCUAUGGUUUUGAUCAUUGUCAAGGGCACCAUAGAUGUGGGUGGUUUUGGUGAGGUAUAUCGGAAAGCGAAAGAGAGCGGACGCAUUGAGGCGCCAAAUUUCAAUUUUGAUCUCACCGAACGUUACACCGUCUACUCGCUCUUCAUAGGCGGCGUGGCUCAUUGGUUGAAAUCGAACGCGAUCAGUCAGAAUAUGAUCCAACGCUAUCUCUCGCUACCGAAUAUGAAGUCUGCGCGCACCGCGGUUUGUCUCUUCAUCUGCGGUGUACUGACUUUUAUUUGCCUUUGCGGCUAUAGUGGUUUGCUCAUCUAUGCGACCUAUCACGAUUGCGAUCCACUGCAAACGAAGCUCGCUAAGCGAAACGAUCAACUGCUACCCUUACUUGUCAUGGAAAUACUCGGCGAAUACCCCGGCUUGUCUGGACUCUUCGUUGCUGGCGUCUUUAGCGCCGCCCUCUCUUCACUCUCUACUGGCUUGAAUUCCAUGUCGGCGGUAAUGCUCGAAGACUUCUUCAAAUCAUUUGCGAAAAAGCCACUCACCGAACGUCAGACCGCGCUUAUAAUGCGGUUUGUUGUAAUCAUCUUCGGUGCCAUCUGUGUGAGCUUGGUUUUUGUGGUUGAGAAACUGGGUACAGUGCUGCAGCUGACUAUUACUUUAUCUUCCGUCGCGAAUGGUCCACUCUUGGGUAUUUUUACAGCGGGUGUUAUGGUGCCUUGGAUUGAGGGAAAGGGCGCUCUAGUUGGUGGCCUUAGUAGUCUUUUAUUCAUGGCUUGGAUGUGUAUACGCGCUCAGGCCGAUCUUGCCAGCGGUGCCGUCAGCUAUCUACGUAAGCCGCAUGCUGUAACGGGUUGCAAUUACACCUUCAUAGAUUUCGCUUCGAUGAGUAUGGUGGCUGAGAAUAUAACAGGAUCGACCGUGCAUUCAGAAAACGACACCUUCCACAUCUACAACAUUUCCUAUCUCUUCUACACCAUGAUCGGCUCACUAAUAACGAUCGUGAUCGGCUUGAUCACCAGCUUUCUAUUAGGCGCCAAUAAGCUGGAAAGUAUGGAUACAAUGCUGUUAUCACCCUGUGUGCGUCGUUGGGUUGAUCGCUACAAGGCACGAAGAGUGCUAAAAAAUGGCGCACAACAACAAACUGAAAAGUCAACAAAAGCAUUGGAAAUGGACAAAUUGAAAUUGGCGAAACUCUCAGGGACGCGAACGUAAAAGUAAGCAACUAAGUGGCGCAUAAUGCGAAGGAAGAAAGCAGCUAAUACGUUAAGUUUUAUUUAUUGAAGGCUUACAGCGAGCUACCAAAGAGAAUUUCUAGUGAGAAAUUAAGUUUAGUAUAAAUUUGAAGUGCAAAAAGCUAGCAAAUGUACAUAUAUUUGUAUAGCCUACUUUAAGGCGUUAUUCUCUAUUUGAGGGUAGAUUAUGUCGGUUGCAUAACAUAUAAAAAUAUAUAUACACAUAUUUGUAUACGUACGUAAUUAUAUAAGCGAUUAAUUGUAAAUAGCACACAUUAGUAGACAAGUUGUAGAGUGUAGUUGCCACAUUUAGCAUAAUAAAUAGCUGUAAGUGAAACUGAAAACAAAAAACUAAAAUUAAAAUGUUCCUAUAAAUUAUUGUAAAUACAAUUACAAAGCAUUCUCCCAUCAA